AUGACCAGCAUCUUGCGACGAAGCAUGUUGGCGGUGAGCAUGUUAGUGCCAUCGGAUGGCAAUGGCGCCCUGGAGACAUGUCGAUUGCUGCGGCGCAAGGAUCAGCUGCGGGCCUUGGAUCAAGUGACAUUCUCUCAGUUCCAAGCCGCCGAGCAAUGCCUCGGUGCUGUGGUGCUCGAUGCCUCGGCGGCGGCGCCGGUGGCACAACUGCAGAGACUGGCAGAGGCCAUGCUGCGGCACUUGGCUGCCCGCUUCCGGGCACCGGAGGCGCCAAAGACCAAGCCACGGGAGACGCCGCGCACGCCACCACCGAGCGCCGUGGGUCCGUCGCCCGUGCUGGCGCCGCCGGAGCCGAUGCCGCUGCCGAGGAUUGUCCAGAAGCAGCUCGAGAAGGGGAGCCUCAGGCGUGCCACCUUCCCAGGGGCACAGCUGGAUGGCGUGAACUUGGAAGGCCAUGAUUUAGAGGAGUCCUUUCUCGAAGGUGCUAGCCUCCGACGGGCGAACCUCCAACGGUGCUGCUUCAACGCGGCCAGCCUCGGCGAUGCUAUCCUCAUCGAGGCCAACUUGGACCAUGGCCGCUUUUGUCGCGCCACCAUGGAUAGCGCCCAGCUUGGCCAAGUUUCUGCGGGCUAUGCUGACUUCUGGAAUGCCAGUAUGAAUGGCGUGUCCAUGCGAGCAGCGCACUUGAGCGAUGCCUCUUUCCGUGAGGCGAUGAUGCAGAGGGCAAAUCUGGGCAGCUGCAGAUUGCGGAAUGCCAACAUGGAGGAAGCCGACCUGUGCUUCGGUCAGUUGAACCAUGCCAUCCUGGAGAAUGUCCGCCUUCGACAUGCCAAGCUCAGGUCGGCCUCGUUGCAGAAUGCGCGCCUCAGUGGCUGCGACCUCGAGGGUGUCGACUUGGCAGGGGCGGACCUGCAGGAUGUGACUAUAAUCAACUGUCAGGCCCUGCGCUUGCAACUUUGCAAGGCACAGCUGGUGAAGGCAGUCAUCAAGAACUCGAACCUGCAGGGUGCAACGGGCAUUGAGGCAAACCUUGAAUCCUCGGAGCUGGAGUCGGUGAACCUCACAGGUGCAGAUCUGAGCAGAAGUAUUUGGAAGAAUUGCAAGAUGAGCAAGGUUCUUCUGAGCCGUGGGACACUGACGGGCGGCGACUGGAUGUGCUCCAAGGCGGACGGCUGCGAUUUUCAGGAAGCUGACUUGAAGAAUAGCAACUUUCAAUCUGCUCUUUGCUGCGGCUGCAGCUUCGCAGCGGCGCAGCUCCACCAGGCCCAGCUGGCGAAAGCAGAGCUGCCCAACUGCGACUUCAGCGAGGUCCGUGCACCAGGUCUUCGGCUGCAAGGGGCAAAGUUGAAGAAGAGCAUUUUGAAGAACUUGGUGGCAGAAGGCACCAUCCUGGACGAGGCUAACCUUACCGGAUGCGACCUCGACGGGGCACAGCUGCCGAAGUGUAGUGCCAAGAAAGCAAUCUUUCAGCAAGCUUCCAUGAAAAGGGUGCAGAUGCCUGGGCUGCUGGCGCCCAAGUCCAUCUGGGAAAAGGCACAAUUGCCAGGUGCACAGCUCCCCGGUGCCGAGCUCCUGGACACUUUGAUGGCCCACAUUGGCCUCAGGGGUGCAGACUUGAGCUGUGCCGAUCUGGCUGGGGCACAGCUGCCACAUGCUGAUUUGGGCGAGGCCAACGCGGAGAAUGCCAACUUCACAAACGUGAACCUGCGGCAUGCGACUUUGGAUGGUACCCAGUUGGGCCGGGCCAACUUCACAGGAGCCCAGCUGCAGAACUCACAUGGAGCACAUGUCUCCAUGCCGGGCGCCUUACUGGAUGGUGCCCAGCUGCAGAACGCUGCAUGGCCCUCAGCCCAGCUGCAGAAGGCGCGAGGGGAAAAGCUGGUGAUGCGUUUCGCCAAGAUGCCUCACGCAGACCUCAGCGAGGUUUGCUUUCGGGCAUUGGAGGCCGAAGGCUGCGAGCUCACAGGCAGCUCACUGCGAAAGGCCAUCCUCUCGAGCGGCAAGUUGGUGGCCGCCUCCUUUGCGGGAGCGGACUUGCGAGAGGUCCAGCUACAAGAUGCCAAGAUGCUCCGAGCGGACUUGAGUGGAGCAAAGCUGGACGCAGCGAGCUUGCAGGGUGUGGACUUGAGACAAAGUUCUUGCCAUGGUGCCUGCUUUCGUCAAGCGCAGAUGCGAUCAGCGCGACUGGAGAACUCCAAGUUCAAGGGGGCCAACUUUGAAGAAGCAAUGCUCAGUGGCAGCAACUUGAGCCAUACCAACCUGGCAGGCCUCCAAGCUAUGAAGGCUGUGCUCCUGGAAGCAGAGCUCUCUUUCGCCAUAGGCGCCGGCGCCAACUUCGCCGGCGGCGACCUACGGAAGCUGCGGAUGAUGAACGCCCAGCUGGCAGAGGCCGUUUUCGAUGAGGCCAACUUGAUGGAGGUCUCUGCGAGGAAUUGCGACCUCAUGCGCAGCUCCAUGGUGCGGGCCAAGUUGGCGCGGGCCGACUUCUCGCAAUCCUCGCUGCGUCAAGCUGACUUGGCAGGCACUGAUCUGCUGCGGGUGGCGAUGGAAGAGACCGACCUGGAGGAAGCCUCGCUUCGCGGCGCCGACCUCACAGAUGCCACUCUCCGCUGCGCCAAGCUCUCCCGCGCUGACUUGCGGGGAGCCAAGCUGACCGAGCCGCAUGGAAUCCUCCGGAAGGAUCUGGAGCAGACCUUGAUCGACCGUCUCUUCCCGGUCACCUGA